AUGACCACAAGCACUGACGGGCUGAUUGUCGCGGCGAGCUUGGCUGCUCUGUUUUUCGGCAUUCAGCUUGUGCUAUACGCACUGCUCGGAUACACACUGCUCACCGGCGGAGCCUUCAAGGGCCGCGCAGUGGUCCUGUCCACAGCGUCGCUCUUGACACUGAUGAGUCUCUCGAACGUGGCUCUCAGCAUUAUCUACGCCGAGGCUUCGACGGGAUCCGAGAUAGAGAAGGGCGCCAUGGCCGGGAUCGACGUGACGAUCAAGGUGUUCGGGAGGAUCAGCCUUCUCAUCGCACAGCUCAUCGUCAUAUGGCGGACGUGGAUCCUCUGGCAGACGAGCGUUGUCGUUCGAGCGCUCCUAGCCUUCCUCGCGUUCGCAUCCUGCACGACGACAAUCAUCAGCAUCGGCCUCUGCUUCGUCGCCAGUCUCAGCACAGCGACCGUGGCCAGCGAUGCGCUUGUCAUGCUCAUCCCGCUCAUCGUCACGAAUAUAGUUAGCCUGCUAGCGACCUGGACGCGAUUGUGGGGCGCGCCGAGUGAACGGUCGUGGUCCGACACGACCUCAUCCCAUCGGGGACGCAUGGCUCGCAUCGCAGUGUUCUUCCUGGACUCUGGAUUGAUACUCGGGGCAUUUCUCAUACUCUACCUGGGCUCCGAGGUGUCGAGCGGAGAUCUCAACGCCAGGAGAGAGACGGCGGGCGGCGCAGCGCAGUUGACGCGCGCCCUCACCGGAGCUGCGUCGGGUGUAGCUGGCACCAUUGGGAUUCUGGUCCUCUUGCUUGUCGUCCACCGAGUUAGCACUGCGGACGUUCUGUUGUACGGCGACAGUGACGAUGCGGGCACCGCGCGAGACGACCACACCCUUGCGAGCUCGAGUACUUGGCGGAUGAGCAAGAAAUGGAAGGGGGAGAAGGAGAAGUGGGAUCAGAGUGACUUCGCCUCCUCCGACCGCGCGACCAUAUCCACCGUCGACGAGCUCCCGCGCUAUAGCCGGCAUAUGCGCGAUGUGAAGGCGUUUCCGGUCCAGGAGCCGCCGAGCCUCUCUCCUCCUCGACUAACUCGCCCGCUGCAUGUCGAGAAGGCGACACGACCUACGACCGAGGGCGCUGUUGCUCAGGAGCACCCGCGGAGCUGGUUCGAGGAGCAUGCGCGAUGUCGAGUCGACCAUACCGAGUGCAGACCGCACUCAUCGCCAUCCAUGCGUCCUCCAAGAGAGGAAAUCGCGCCCAGCGUAAAGCAUGACGCGUCUCGAUCUGGCGAGCGGAAUACGACGCCUGCCGCCGAGCAGGAUAUUGUCGAGGUGUCGACAGCUCCUACACCGCACACCGUCUUUGCCGGCUGGCAGACGGACCGGCCACUCGAGCUGCGUCCGUUCACUCUGCCACCUCCCACAUCGCGACCGCGCACGGCGCAUCCGGCAUACCCACUCGUGACGCGGCCGGUGACAUCCUACGCACCUCGGCGAGGCAGUCUACCUGCUCAAUCGCCCCCUCGUGCUACCGGCGCCUCUCAGCCUCAGGCAUCACCAUCUCACUCCGCACGCGCACCACCAACAUCAGCUUCCCACACCGCACGCGCGCCGCCCGCAUCGCGUCCUUCGGCCGCGUCGAAGCGGCCAUCACAUACAUAUAGCUCUUCCUAUGUCGCCUCGCCGCUUCAUUCCAUCCGCGAGCUGCCGCCGCCUCCAGCGCCCGAGUCCGAAGCAGACGCUUCCGAGUCGACCUAUGUGCACGCUCCCGAGUCCCUAUACUCUCGCGCGCCAGACUCCGAUGGCGCACCAUCCCCACAGAGCUCCGUCGAGUCCAUCGCGGACCCGCCCACCGCAUGGCGCUGGCCGGGCCCGAAUCCCAGCAGCGGGACCGUGUACCGAGGGCAUGGCGACCAUGGGUCGUAUCAGCACCAUGACUACGCGCCGUAUCGGCACCAUGCUCUGAGCCGCAGCGCUGUGUCGAACCUCUCCAGCCCGAGCGCGUACUCUGUGGACUCGAUGGCGCUGGCGAUCCGGGACGCGGCGGAUCCGCUGGAGCUGUACGGGAAUUAUCUGUGGGGUUUGAAGAUGGCAGGUGAGGGAGAGUCUGAGGAGAAGCGAUCGCAUGGGGAUCAUAAGCAGACACAGGCUCGCAUCGAGAUGGACGCCGAUCAGGCUGUGGACACCGUCGCAGAACAGCGUCCACUUCUCCCUCUGGAGUUACUGGAGCACAUCGCUGGCUAUACCGAUCGCAGCACACAAUUAAUGCUUGCCUUGGUAUGCCAUGCCCUAGUCAACUUCAGCCGCCGUCAUACCUUUCAAGCGCUCUAUGUCCGCCAAACGGACGAGGUUCUAUCCGGCAUGCCCCGCCUUGCGUCAGCAACGUUCGCAACUCUUCUUGGAUCUCCUAUAUGCUCAUUCGGGACGUAUACUAAGAGUCUCACCCUGACCCCCGGGAAUUACGAGGAGGGUCUGUUCAAGAUGUUGCGGCACCUACCCAACCUGACAGAUCUACGCUUUGAAGGCACCAGAUCCACCCUAUGCGUUCUCACAGAUGACCAUCUACAUCCCUCUCCCUCUCAUUUUCCCACAUUGACAAACCUCACCCUCAACUACGUUGUUCUCCAGAGCUUCUCGACUCUUACGUCUAUCCUCGUCGCAUCUCCUCAGCUGUGCAGCAUCGAGUUAUUGUGGGUGUCGACAAGGCAGAGCCCAUCGGCGGACACGACCGUCGAUCCGUCAACCUCUGCGAGACUUGUUGGCACGUUGGCGCAGCUUCGGAGCCUCCAGAUGAAGAUAGUGUACGGCAUCAGCAACCAGCUGCAGCGACAUCUCCUAGCAUGGAUAUUGGAGCUGCCACAGUUCCCGCGUGUCGAAGAACUCGGCAUUACUCUGCAUGGCUCUGAUUCGAGCCUCCCGCGGCCACUCAACGCGUUCAUGCGCGGCACGGUCUUGUCACUGAAGAAGUGGACCAUCAACCCUGACGAAUACAGGAACUUUCUGCGGACAGACCUUUGCGGCCUCGACUUCUCGCAGUUCUUAGUCCUGCACACGGUCAUACUCGACCCUAUCGGGCUGUGUACCGUGCGCAUGCAAGAUCGUCGUGAAGACGGACGCCUCCUUCGCUUCAUGCUUCAGGUCCUCGCCGCGCCGGCCCUCCAGACCUUGAUCAUUCACCUCAAGGUCGACGAGGAUCACUCCAUCCUGGACUGGGAGACGGAGCAGCUAGACUGGGCCGCCCUAGACGCCGCGCUCGUGGAACAUCCUUCCUUGGAGCAGGCGUGGUUCGCAUUCCACUUGUCCUCGGCUUUCCUGUUAAGCGAGCCUGCAAAAAGAGCCAUGUUCACGUCCGUAUCCUACCUUCCGAAAUUCCUGCCGAGGACGAACGCCAAAGGCAUGGUGCGACCAGGGAUAUUACCGCAAAACAGUGGCGAAUUUGAACUGACCACGUGUGCUGUACUGCUUCUCUCAUCCGACACCAUAUCGUUCAAUUAUCUUUACUCCUGCGUGAUUACUGUCGGAUAUCCUCUGUUGAGGAGCAGAAUUAUGCAUGUCAAGCCCGACGAAGCUACGCCUCGCUUGCCCUUCGAACUGCUAGAGCUCAUAAGCGACCUCGCAAACGCAGACACACAGCUCGUGUUGGGUCUGGUAUGCCGCGCUCUGGUUGAAUGUAGCCGCCGCAAUGUGUACAAGCAGCUGUGUGUAAUUCGGUCGGAACCGCGAUCGUGGGCGGCAAGUGAUGACGAGUCGGACUCGUUCGCGGAGUUCGUCCAUCUCCUCACUCUGCGCCAACACCUUACAAGGAAGGAAGGGCUGCCUAGCACGUUUUUGGGACGACUGUCCGCUCUUACAGAUCUAUGCCUUGAAGGCAGGGACUUCCGGGCCUCAUGCGUCCUCGAAGAUCUGCAUCCCAUAUCGUCUGGAGUCCCGGCCUUAACCAACUUGUUCCUGACGCAUGUCGUACUUGCAAGAUUCUCUGCACUCGCGUCCGCACUGUGUGCGCUUCCCCAGCUCCAGGGUCUGUGUUUGAAUGGGUUAUAUGUCCAGUAUGAGGAUGAAGCAGCAGACCCCGCGAAUGACAUUCCGCCAAAGUACGCGCUUACGAACCUACGCCGCCUCAGGCUGCAUCUGCAAUGGUCGGGUGACGCUUGUACAUUGCGAAGCUUCUUGGCCUGGAUGCUUGCUUUGCCAAACAUCGCGCCUGUCGAAAACCUCGACAUACUUCUAUCUAGUACGGAAGUCGACCUCUCUCCGCUGGUUUGCAGCCUAAUGCGUCGUCUGGCCACCUCACUUGCUCAGUGGCGCGUCGCACCAAGCAGCGAAAUCUGGUACGGCUUCAUGGGAGUUGACUUCAGUAGCCUUCAUUUCCCGCGCUUUAGGUCGAUGCACACCAUCGUCAUUGACCCAGUUAGCGAAUAUCAACUGCGUUUCGAACACCCCGGCGCCCUGUUGAUUCGAUUCGUGCGAAGAAUCCUCACGACAUCGAGCCUUCGACGGCUUGUCGUACGUGUUCGGAUGGACGAUAAUAGGUGGCCCGCCAACGACCGUUGGCCGCCAGCUGUGGACUGGCUGGAGCUAGACCAUGGGGUAGUAGGGCAUCCACUUUUAGAGGAGGUCUCCCUCGUUUUCUAUUGUUGCUACAACAUAGACUCGAGAGAUAUCUUGUCCGAGUGUUUGACCCGGGCUCCCGAAGUGAUGCCUAUGACGAAGGCGAAGGGCAUCCUGCGAGUCGAAGUCUCUGACAAGGCGACAGGAUAUCGCGCAUCAUCCGACUGAGACUUGUGAAAAAAUAGUCUGAUGCGUGGCCGUGUCUGGGGCAGUGGGUGGAUUUUGCCUGAUAUGCGACAUUUCGA